GUGUGUGUGAUGAUGUGUUCUAGUCAGUAGCAAAGGCAGUAAGGGAAGGCUCACAUAUUUCAGUCGACCGGCGUUUAGAAAGCUCCUUAAAAACAGCUUUGAUUUCACAGACGCUUUCAAGGGAAACCACAUCAAUACCAACAUCAUUCCAAAGAUGCACUUGACCGCGUGUGAGCCCGCCUCCAUGUCCGGUGCCGUGGUGAUGGACCCCUCCGCGGGGGACGCCAGCUACCUGCAGUCCUGCGGGACGGGAAACAGCGCCGCAUCCCUGGAGGACGUUACCGUGGAGUCGGCAGCCAACGAGUCGUCAGAGGAGGAGUCGGCCUACGAGAGAGAGGAGGAAACGAGCACACACACCACACACACACAAGCCAACGCCGUGCGGCCCAACUCUCUGGCGGUGACCGCGGCGGCGACCGCAUCGGCGAGCACGGGUCUAUGGACCACGCACGGCGACGGGGAGGUCAAGCUGAGGAUGUCCGAGUCGGGCCCAGGGGCCGAGCCGGCGCUGACCGUGCACCAGAUGUUCCACGCCUCAGUGGAGCGCUUCGGAAGCUACACCGCCCUUGGCUGGAAGGAGGCGGACCAGUGGAAGACCAUGAACUACCGGGAGUACUACCACAGCUGCCGCAACGCCGCCAAGAGCUUCCUCAAGGUUGGUUCAUGGCGACAUGGGGUUGCCAUCCCUGGCUUCAACUCAGCUGUGUGGUGUGUGUGUGCCAUCCUGGCAGUUGGGUUUGCCGUGGGCAUCUACACCACCAACUCCGCUGAGGCGUGCCAGUACGUGGCGGAGAACUGCCAGGCCAACAUCCUGGUGGUGGAGAACCACAAGCAGCUGCAGAAGAUCCUACAGAUUCAGGACCAGCUCCCGCAUCUGAAAGCCAUCAUUCAGUACAAAGAUGAACUCAAAGAGAAAAGGCCCAACCUCUACACGUGGGCGGAGUUCAUGGCGCUGGGGAAGGACGAGGCGGACGAGGAGUUGGAUGCCAUCGUGUCGUCCCAGAAACCGAACCAGUGCUGCACGCUCAUCUACACCUCGGGCACCACCGGCCAGCCCAAAGGAGUCAUGCUCAGCCACGACAACCUGACGUGGACUGCGUUCGCCACCGGCCGAAACGUGCGUCUGGCGGACGCGGACAAGUCUCAGGAAGUGGUGGUCAGCUACCUACCACUCAGCCACAUCGCCGCACAGAUGAUUGACAUCUGGCUCACCAUCAAGAUUGGUGGGGCCACCUACUUUGCCCAGCCGGACGCCCUGAAGGUGAGGGGUUCUCUGGCUUAACACGCUGCGCGGAUGUCCCGCCUCACGGCGUUCAUGCUCGUGGCGGCCGAGGCCUGGGAGAAGAUGCAGGAGAAGAUGAAGUCGAUCGGCGCCAAGUCGUCCACAGUCAGGAGGAAGGUGGCGUCCUGGGCCAAGGAAGUGGGCCUGCAGACCAACCUCAGCAAGAUGGAGGGUAACGGCGCUGUGGCCAGGAAGCCCAUGAACUACCGUCUGGCCAAGAAGCUGGUGUUCCGGAAGGUGCGGAAGGCCCUGGGGCUUGACCGCUGCACCAAGUGUUACACGGGUGCGGCGCCCAUCACCAAGGAUACGCUGGAGUUCUUCCUGAGUCUGGACAUCCCGCUCUACGAGCUCUACGGCAUGAGCGAGAACGGACCACACACCAUCUCACUGCCCGAAGCUUUCCGCUUAACCAGCUGUGGGAAGGUGAUCCCUGGCUGCGAGACGAGGAUAUUUAAGCCUGAUGAGGAGGGCAAUGGCGAGAUCUGCUUCUGGGGCCGCCACGUGUUCAUGGGCUACCUGAACAUGCCCGAGAAGACCGCGGAGGCACUGGACGCUGACGGCUGGCUGCACUCUGGGGACCUGGGCAAACACGACACACAGGACUUCCUGUUCAUCACCGGCCGCAUCAAAGAGCUGAUCAUCACUGCUGGAGGUGAGAACAUCCCCCCCGUGCCCAUCGAGGAUGCCCUAAAGGAGGCCGUGCCACUCAUCAGCAACGCCAUGCUCAUCGGAGACAAGAGGAAGUUCCUCUCCAUGCUGCUCACCAUCAAGUGUGAGGUGAACUCAGAGACUGGUGCCCCGGAGGACGAGCUGACGGCCGAGGCGCUGGAGUUCUGCCGUAAGCUGGGCAGCAGCAGCACGCGUGUGUCCGACCUCGCCGGGGGCCGCGACCGCCUGGUGCACGCCGCCAUCCAGGAGGGGGUGACCCGCGUCAACGAGCGCGCCUCCUCCAACGCCCAGCGCGUCCAGAAGUGGACAGUCCUGGAGCAUGACUUCUCAAUCACCGGUGGCGAGCUGGGCCCCACUAUGAAGCUCAAGAGGCCGGUGGUGAUGAAGAUGUACAAGGAGCAGAUUGAGAACUUUUACAAAGAGGUUCCAAGCCCCACCACCCCAGAUGCCCAGCUGCCCCCCAAAUAAACACAGACACGGCUCCAUCGGAUCAGGAGACUGGCACGUCGGCACUGGUCUCCACACACACACACACACACACACACACACACACACACACACAAACACAAGCAAGGUCACCCUCAGGCGCGCAGUUUAAAUCCUACAUACUGAUCUCUCGUGCACUCAAGCGUUCCUGUUGUCCUGUCCGUGUUCUCUAGUGUGUGGGUCAGUUUGUGGUCUUCGUUGUUUUUGUUUACAUUUGUGCAGUGUGAUUUGUAUGUGAAGAACAUGUCAUAGCCAUUGGUGAAGAACAUAUGUCAUAAGCCAUUGGUGAAAUAUCUGUAUUCCAAAAAAGAGAGGAAUUGUUAGGUUAAUUUGAUUGUUUAUUUAUUGUUAUUAUUGUGAUGAAGUACAAUAGUACGAUUGGAUGAAGUGAGCCAUAUCAUUGAGAUUUUCGUUUUUUUUUUUAAUGAACAGGACAGGACAAACUGCAUGAAAUCCAAAGCUAUAAGGACCUAAUAGAGAUUUGAGGAUACUGAGAGAAAUGUUGAUAUCUCAUAUUUAUUGUUUACAUUUAGCCACAUAUUCUCUUAAUGUAUACAUAGAACACCUAUUUGGCCAAAUGUUGACAGAACUGAUGCCACAUGCCUUGAGUGGAUGCUCUUCACUCUGUUUCUCUUUGCACUACCACUGCUCCUCAACACAAACCACACACGGGGAAUGACGGGGCAUUGCGUUUUUGUUUGUUUUACGUUUUUGUUCUAUUUGAUUUCUUUUGUGUUCUGGUUUGGUUGUUCUACUGACGGUCCUGGGGGAACUACUCCAGGUACUGGUCAAGUGCAGGCGCCAGCCGAUUGGUCAGCACUCGCACCAAUCAGCGUUGAGAGCAGCGGUCGUGCACUGCACUGGAGCAACCCCUAAACCAGGUCAUUUAAGCCAUAAAUGCCAUUCUUAUGGGUUUAUUAUGCAAAGAGAAGCCGAUGGCUGGAGCUAGACAUGCGGGCCAGUGCAGCUGUGUGAUGAGCCUCGUGUAAGCUUUCUUUUGUAAAUAUUGUAAUUGUUUCGUGUUUAAAUAUGUUUUGCAUACCAAUCUGUGCUCUUUGUGAUCUCAUUUGAGUGCUGCCCUGUCCGAGAGAGGACGCGGGCGCUGUGCCGUACCUACUAUACGAUCCUAAGCUAGCGGACUUGGACCCGCCCACCUGCCUGUCACUCAUAUGCGUUGCGUUGUAUCUCUGACAAUCCUAGCUGAGGUCAUGGCAGAGUUGCAUUCAAAAGGUUCUUGAGAGAGUGGUCCUUUUGAAGUAGAAAAGGUUCUUGGGAGAGUGGUCCUUUUGAAGUAGAAAAAUCCACGUGUGGUGGAUAGAGAAUAGAGAGAAUGUCUGGUAUGUAUUUGACUACCAAGUUGAAUGCAGAUGUAAAAUGUGAAGGCUCUCGGAGGGUGCACUAAAUGCAGUUAUGGGGUAAUAUCUAUGAUCUAGACUAGGUAAUGUAGGUUCAGAUUACUUAUGGACGGGGUAAUGUUAGGAACAUCUGGACAUUUGUAAAUCGUGAAGGGUUAAGAACUGUUUUGCCACUGAAGCAUAGUUCAUAAUUUUUUUUUGCCAUUUCAAAGAUCUAGUCCCUAGACUGGGCCCGUCAUUAUUUAUUUACAUCAAAUGAAGUGUCUGUUAAAGUUGACAGCAUCGUAGGCUCGAUCCAAAGAGAAUUGUCAGAUGUCAUUACUAGUCAGACUUAGUGCAGCGAAAGGCCAAUUGGCCAUCCAUUGAGAAUGACUAGAGGUGUAUAUAGUUUCCCGUACAGAAAUGUCAAACACUCUGUUGGAGCUCUGAUGAAAGUGGGUAUGAAGGUGAUCUCACGGGGUUCAAAUAAGUUUGUAAUUUCCAUAAUUACCAUAUUUUAUUGAUUUAUCUGAUGGCUUGUGUUUAAAAGAACACACACAUACCCUGACGGACUAUCGUAUAUAUUUACCGUCCAUAAACGAUCUCCAAACAUGAACACAUUUGCCAUCCUGUGCCAGUUAUUUCUACCUGAGGCCACUGAGCCUAACAAACGUGUCUAAGUUGUGCGAUGGGAGUUCCACUCGGUACAAAACCCGCCUGCGAGGACUCGUACUCACCUGACCGCAGCCAGACGAGCUGACCGACACCUGCGCGGUGUGUGUAGUGUUUGUGCAUGUCAUUGUUUGUCCCCAAGCCCUCCUGGCUUUAUGUGGAGUCACUCAACCCCUGUGUGUGUGUGUGUGUGUGUGUGUGUGUCUAUAUUCAGACUGGAUGCAUGUGAGUGUGCGCAGAUACAGAAAUAAAUCUGAUUCAUCCUGA